AUGGUGUUAACGCGAUCACGUGCCGCGAGUCCCGCAUCUGCCGCGGCUGGCGUUUCGCCUGAGGGCGUAGUGCCGCCGUUGUUCCCGGCAGAGAGCGCGCCGGAGUCGACGCCGCGCGACCUGGAGGCCGCGCCGGCGCCACCACCGGCUGUAUCGAGUGACAGUGACGCUGUUAUUGCGGAUCAGGGUCACGCCCCUGCCGCUGCCGCCAGCUGCAAAUCCUGCUGCGGCUUCAAUCACCAUGACCACAGAGCAGCUGCUGCUGUUGAUAAACAGGCUAAGUCCCGCGCAGUUCCUAAUUUCGCUCGCAUCUUGCACGAAGUGAAGCAUAGAGUGGAAGAUCAGCAAGACAUUAGGAAAGCUGUUGGUGAUCAGCAUAGGAGAGACAUUAUUACCUAUAAGAAAGGGGACCUAGUGCUCGUGGAGACCCAUAUGGCAAGUAAUGCAGCCAAAGGAAUUACUAGUAAAUUUGCGCCAAGGAGAGAGGGUCCCUAUCAGGUCUCACAG